AAGUCCUAAACACACACAUCUAUCAUUAACAUUCACACAAAUAUUCCAUUCAUUCUUUGCUUUCAUUUUCUACAUCUCUCUCACCACCUCACACCCUUUGUUUCCACACAAUCCCAGCUAUGGUGCAUCUUCCACAAAUCUUAUCACUGAUCGAUCUUUGCAAGUUUUCAUCAAUCAUGGAUUCAGAUUAUGGUGCAUUCGUCGAGAAAUUCAAUUUACAUUUGGAUUCAUCACCUUCUCUUCCUUUGAAUUCACUCACUUUUUCCGUCAAAGACAUGUUUGAUGUGAAAGGUUUCGUUGUUGGUUAUGGGAGUCCUGAAUGGGCAAAGACACAUCAAGUGGCUACAUCGACUGCUCCAUCGGUUAUCACUUUGUUACAAGCAGGUGCAAUUUGUAUUGGUUCCAACGUCACUGAUGUAUUGGCCUAUAGUAUAAACGGGGAGAAUAUACACUUUGGUACACCUAGAAAUCCUUGUGUACCAGAUAGAAUUCCUGGAGGAUCUUCCAGUGGUUCCGCUGUCGCUGUCGCUGCAAAGCUUGUUGAUUUCUCCUUAGGUACUGACUGCAUAGGAAGCAUGAGAAUUCCUGCAUCAUACUGUGGAAUUUUCGGUAUUCGUCCUUCUCAUAACGCUAUUCCAAGGACAGGUGUUACUCCAAUGGCACCAAGUUUGGAUACUCCAGGCUGGUUUGCGAGGGACGCGUCGAUUUUGAGCAGAGUUGGUCAUGUACUUCUAAAUUUACCGAAAGUGACACCGGUUAGACCUACAAAAGUUAUCAUUGCUGAUGACUGUUUUCCGCUUUCAAGCAUUCCAUAUGAUGCUGUUACUCAAGCUAUCAUCAAGGCUAUAGAGAAGUUAUAUGGAGGUGAUGUAUUGAAGCAUGAAAAGAUUGAUGAUUAUAUAAAGGCUAAUGUUGCGAGUUUGAAUCAUUUUAUGACCGAAGAGAAUAAAGACUCGCAGCAUAAUGUUCCGGCACUGGCUGCACUCACAAAUGCUAUGCAGACAAUUGCAAAAUAUGAAUUCAAGAAGACACAUGGUGAAUGGAUUGAUGAAGUGAAACCUAAUUUAGGCCCUGGAGUUACAGAAAUGGUUGGAGCGGCUCUAAAGUCGACCGGAGAGAAUGUUGAUGUUGCUUAUUCUGUGAAAGGAGAAUGGCGUGAUGCUCUUACCGCUCUUCUUGGGGACUUUGGUGUUAUCAUGCUCCCUACAGUUUCAGGGCCACCACCCAAGUUGAAGACAAGUCCAUCAGAAUUAAAAGAAUUUAAUGAAAAGGCUUUUAUGCUUCAAACUAUUGCUGGAUUAUCUGGUGGUUGCCAGAUAAGUAUACCAUUGGGAAUGUAUGAUAAUCUUCCAAUAUCAAUAUCCUUGGUGGCUAAACAUGGGGCAGAUGGAUUCCUACUGUCUCUUGUUGAGAGUAUUUGUGAGAGCAUGAAAGAAUAAGAUCAUCAAACCUGCAUUGGAAAAUUAGUUAAUUUAUUGAAAAAUAAAAUAAAAUAGCAAUAGUUUGAGCUUGCUGGUAAAAAUUAGGCAGUGAUAAAUAAGUUUACUUCACAUAAGUGUGAUUGAUUUAUUUAUUUUGAUGAUUCUUUUAAGGAAGUUUCAUUUUUUGUAAUUUGUGGUUUUUUAUUCUUUUGUUGGACUCUUUUUAUAUAGAUAUUCAGAUUCAGGAUAAAAUUCUUCAAUACAUGUUUCAUAUAGAAGCCAUAGUUACUAGUC